AUGACAUCCCCCGUCAUCUCCGCCCCAAUGGCCUUCGUGUCCGGUGCCGCCCUCGCCGUCGCCGUGACCAAAGCCGGUGGCUUGGGAUUCAUCGCGGCAGGGUACGACAUCCCUGCCGUCGAGAACGAGCUCCGGGAGGCGCGGCGGAUGCUUGGAGUACAGGAUACAAGGACAUUGGGUGUCGGAGUGGGAGUGGGAUUCAUUGCUUGGGGUGCGGAUCCGGAUAAAGUCCUUCCACCCAUCCUGGCAUUGAGACCGUGCGCGAUAUGGGUCUUCUCAACGGUACCGGAGGAUGACUACACACCCUGGGUGAACGCAGUCCACACCCUAACACCACCUGGGACUACACCUCCGAAAGUGUUUGCACAAGUCGGCUCAGUCACCAGCGCACGCAAAGCAGCCGAACAAGGCGUCGACGUGAUCGUCGCGCAAUCAUCCGAUGCGGGGGGACAUGGCGGGACGAGGGGGUGUGGACUCACCUCACUCGUCCCCGAGAUCAUCGAUGCGGUUCACACCACCCACUCCCACAUCCCAGUCUACGCAGCCGGCGGACUGGUGGAUGGACGUGGCCUUGCGUCUGUUUUGGCACUUGGUGCUGAUGGUGGGGUAUUUGGUACCCGCUUCGUCGCGACACCCGAGGCGCUUCCACCACGGGAGUUGAAGGAGGUUUUGGUUAGGGCGAGUGACGGGGGACAAUGCACCACCCGUACCCGCGUAUUCGACGAUAUGCGUGGCACUACGGGCUGGCCCAUGAGUUUUGAUGGUCGUGCACUGAGAAACAAGACAACCAUCGACGGGGUGACCGAAGCGGAAAACAAGAAACUCUACAAAGAAGCGCUGCAUAAGAAGGAUUAUGAGAGGUUGGUGGUGUGGGCUGGAACCGGGGUUGGGUUAGUCAAGGAAAUUAAGCCGGCGGGGGAGGUGGUAAGGGAGAUUUGGACGGAUUGUGGGAAGACAAUCAAGGGGUUGAAGGCGAGGAUUUGA